AUGGAAUUUGAAAAUUCUGUUUAUUCUUAUCCUACGCUAGCUCAAAUAAUUACGAAAACAGAUAUAACCCUUCGUGAAAUAUUAGAUACAUAUCGUGAAGACAAUGAUUUACUAAAACUAAUUUUAGUAGCAAAAGCUCAAGAAGAUAAGGCAACUGAAGAAGAAAAAUGUAAAGCUGAAAGGUUUAGACUGCAACACAGACAAGUUGAUUUAGAAAUUAGUAGUGCUGCCAUCACUACGAAUCAAAGACCUUCACUUACACUAUCUAUUCCUUCAUUCCCAACCAUUUCUUCAUCACCAACUGUUACGAAUAAUCAUCAAUCAUUUUCAAUUCCUAAUAGUGGUAUAGAAUAUUCUCAUCAUUCAGCAUCCCCUUUAAAUCACCAUCAUUAUUUACAAAGUCCAAAUAGUGCAAUUAGCAAUAAACGCACUGAUAAUAAUAAUGAAGUUGAUCAUGAAUAUGUUAUGGAAGCAUUAAGGGCUAAAAUUACAAUAAAAACUUUAAAACAAGAUCAAUUUCAAUUAGAUGUUGAAUUAGAGGAUACAGUGCUUAAUAUUAAAGAGAAGAUUCAAGAAAUUAAAGAAUACGAUAUUCCUACCCAAAAACUUAUUUAUUCAGCAGAAUCUAAUCCAGCAUCUGAUGCUUCUCAAAUGUCAGAAUUAUUCAAUAAUCCUAAUGCUUUAGUUACUGGGGCUGAUUAUGAAAAAUCAGUUCAAUAUAUGAUGGAGAUGGGAUUCGAUCGUGAAUCAGCUGUAAGCGCCAUGCGGGCAAGUUUUAAUAAUCCAAACAGGGCUGUUGAAUAUCUUAUGACUGGAAUUCCAGAGAAUUUUGAUAAUACACCAGGUGUUACAAACCCUACUAGUACCAAUAGUGCUCCUAAUUUAACACAAAAUUUACAACAACAAAGACAAAGAGCAACCCAAGGUGGCGGCGGUGGUGGUGGACAAGGAGGAGGGAAUAUGGAUGAUUUGAAUUUUUUGAGAAAUCAACCACAUUUUCGAAAUUUAAGACAAUUUGUUCAACAAAAUCCAAGUUUAUUGCAACCAUUACUCCAACAGAUUGGUGCUCAAAAUCCUGAAUUAUUGCAGCUUAUAAAUUCGAAUCAAGCUACAUUUAUGAGACUUUUACAAGAACCGGAUGAAGGUGGUGAGGGCAAUCUUCCACCACCACAAUAUGUUUCUGUGACACAGGAAGAAAAAGAAGCAAUUGACAGGUUGGAAGCUUUAGGAUUUGAUAGAGCACUUGCAAUUGAAGCGUAUCUUGCUUGUGACAAAAAUGAAGAAAUGGCAGCAAAUUAUCUUUUUGAUCAUAUGAAUGAUGAAGAAAAGAAAAAGUAA